AUGGACAUUCCAACAAGUCAUUCAAGUCCCGAGCCGCGUACAACGCGUCCACUGUAUCCAGACCUGCCUUCUGCAUAUGCACAGAUUCAAGGCCGCAGAGCUGCAAGUCUCCAGCCAACCUCGUCCAACAGAAGUGCAACCCGGUUCCCUCUUAGCGCGUCGAGCUCGUCUUCCGAAGAAGACGGCUUUCAAGCUCUGCCGCUUGAUAGUGAUGCCAUACCACUGAAGAACCUACCGUGCCGCAAAGUCCAUUCCGCCCAGGGCAUUCUGCAUGAGGCUAAUUAUCACCAAGAGUCUAGCGCAGUGUUUGAGACCUCAGAGGACAACAGCGACCCCAAAUUGGACCGGAAAAGAGCCUCGACCACAUUGGACGACAUCCUGUCUCAAUAUGCAGAUGUCAACCUCACACGCUCUCGUUCACACAAUGAAAAUAUUGGCAAUGCAGGAUAUGUUGAGGCCGAGCACUUGAAUCCUGUCAUAGAUCGCGGAUUCGCAGGUGAUGCCGCCUGCUUUGGAACACUAACGAGACGACCGGGCCAUGUUGACUUGAGGCAUCACCUCCAUGGAUCUUACCAGCACGGUGCAGAGGACCAAAUUCCUCAGAACCCUGAAAGCUUCGGGGCCAAUGAUGAUGAUGACGAAGAUUGGUUGACGAUGCCAGAGAGUAGUCGCAGCGGUUUCUUGACUCCUUCGAAACUGCGAUUUCGCCUGGCAAAAAGAGGAACUGCAGACACGUCUAAUUCCAGCCUGACCGGCAGAAGAAGCCCUGCGUCACCCUGGGAUCCGCUACAAUUCAAGCCGCGUUCUCAACAACGGUACAAAGGCCCUUUGAACACAGAUCAGCAUCAACGUUCUCCCAGCCCAAAAGCGUAUGAAGAUAAAACCUCAGGAUGCGGACAAUGGUUACACAAGGGAUCAAAGUCUGUGACGACGACUGGACAAAUUGCAGAAGCUGAUGAACGAGACUGUCGUCUGGAUUCUGCCCGCGCCUCUACUGUCAAGGCACAACACCAUUCACAACUCAGACCGCGCCCUCUCAAACCAAUUCCUUCAGCACAUCUCACAUCUCAGUCUCCUUCCACACGGUCUCCCACAUUAUCAUCAUCUCGUCGGAUCAAGAGCGCUCUUCCAUCGAGUUCAUUACUUCCAAGAAUCCCAGAUCACGCUCAUACAUCAAAGACUCUCUCUUCUAGAGCCAUGGCCACCCUGAAUCGGACACCAGGAGGACCACAAACAGAUCAAACUCUCACGCUACCUUCUAUCUAUGAUGACUCUGCCAACACCAGCACUGCCACGACAGCAGAUUCUCAUCUCGGAGCUCUUCCUCUUCACAGUCGCAUUGCCACUGCCAACAACGCAGCUUUUAUUGGUGAACAUGUCGAGACAGCUGGAUCCGCCGGUACUCUCGACCCUUUUGUCUCACCGUCUAUCCAUGGUCUCGUCCCACGUCACAACAUUAGAAAAACAUACGUUUCCAGCCAAGAGGCGGAGGGUUUGGCAGCUCGACAGUACAACGAAGGUGGUUACAAAUUCAACGACGCUGAAAUCUCUCGAUUCCUCCGAGAUAGUCGUCUUCUCCGCCAAAGAUUUGAUCAUAGACACGAACAUGGACACAACAAUGUUUUACUCGGACGGCAAGGAAUUCUAGCCACAGGAAGCAGCCUUGCUGAUUUAUCAUCCGACUCAACCGCGUUGAGCCGUCUCCGACACGCCCGAACUCCAUCUUCCGGCAGUAACUACGAUACCAGUGACGACCGUGUUGGAAUUACCAAUCAAGUGACACGCAAAUUCAAGCAAUUCCUCAGCGGCACUGGCCCAGGAGCUACCGACGGCGCAAGCUCAGAGUAUUCAAGCCUCGGACGCGUUCACACCUCAACCAACGGCACCUCUCACUCUCUGACGCUUGAAGAGCCUGAAGAGAGCGUCGACACGUCCGACCCGGCCAUUUGUUGUGACCGCUACCCUUCCUUCCCCAUUGCCCCUGAGAUGCUCGGAGUCGUGCGUCUCGAGAACUUGGCCCGCGUCCCGUUUGAGCGAUUACAGCUCUGGGACGACGGCGAAUGGCUGGAGAAGGGCUGGUGUUUCGUGCACGAGCGCAUGGAAUACAGCCAUGCUGUGCUGGUUGGCAACGAGGCAGGCAUCAGCGAAGACCUUCGGGGCUCUGUCCAGCGUAAAGCUGGCAGAAUCCUGUUGGUCUUCGGGGCGGCGACGUUCUUGCUGGGUGGGUGGACCCUGAUCCACUCGAUCGGGGAGGGGGGCCCUCUGGCCACUUCGGCCAUGGCUGACGUGACAAGGUUGUUGGCGGGUGGAGAGGAGGUGGGUGUUGUUUGCUGUGUGCAUCCGGUGGAUGCGGCAAUGGCGCAAGCCAUUGAAAAGGCGGCGGUGUGGGUGGUGGUGUUGGCGGUUGUCGGUGUGUUGGCGGUGCUGUGCUGGGGGGCGGCCACCUUUUAG